AUGGCCACGCUUGCUUCGAAUAAGUGGUACCAGUGGUAUCUUCGUGAGGUUGAGAGCGGAAAACUUGUGUUGCCUGACUACGAAAUGAAUGAAGAUGAUGAGCUGAAGAUUUUCUAUGGUGAACUCUUCUGUCGGGUCCCAGACUGCGUGAGAGCUCAGAAAAAAUAUACCGCGACGAACAAUCUCCGUACCCAUUUGCUCACCCAUGACGGCAUCAAACUGGAAAAGGGGCUGGCUGGCGGACGUGUGAAACAGAAGGGAAUUGAUGAAGCAAUCAAGUUCUACAAAAGUCUUUUUGCUGGCGCAGAACCCCAGAAGGCAGGAGAGGGUAGUGCUUCUAGCACUGAAAAUGCUAGUUCUUCUACUCCUGCCCUGCCUGUGAAGAAGGACGGUACUGUUCAUGUGACUAAUAUGCGCAAGAAAGUCGCUGAGCUUGGGCACAAGGUGCCUUGUGACUCUUGUGGAAAGCGCAAUGACUGCUGCAAGGAUGUGAAUAAAUGCGAUUAUUUUAUUCUCUUUGAUUGUGGUUCAGUCUGCCCAAGUCCUGCAUCGCACGUGGAGACAGAGGAGGAACAGGGUGCUGAGGCGGAACAGGGUGCUGAGGCCUGA